AUGGCCAUGCGCAAGGUGCUAAUACUCUGCCUUGCUCUACUGGGCCACUUGGCCACCUUCGAGCAAUGGGCGGCCCAGGCGGAAAAGCUUCAGCUCGUCUACCAAUGGAGACAACUCGGCGAGUCUGGAAACGGUACGGGAUCUGAAAGUGUGCUGUUUUCAUCCAACGCCGUCCUGCCGGAUGAGGAUCGAUACAACGCGUACGGUAAUCUUCCGAUGGGAGUGACACAUCAUAAGGGCUUCCUGUAUGUGACGAUCCCCCGGCGACGUACGGGCAUCCCGGCCACCCUGAACGUCAUCGAUAUGGCCCGCAACCCGUCCGUGGACAGUCCAACGCUGGAUCCGUAUCCGAAUCUGCUUGUGAACACACUACGGACCGAUCAGGCACCGGAUCCAAAGCGGAUUGUGUCCGUUUACCGGACACAGGUGGAUCGGUGCGAUCGUCUCUGGUUCGUAGACACGGGCUAUCUCGAGUACCCGGGUGGGGCUGGACGGCAGGUACAGCGGCCAGCUUUGUGGGUCAUCGAUUUGACCAUCCACCGGAGCGUGCGACGUUUCGAGAUCCCUCCGGAUAUGGUCGAGCAUGGGUACGGCAUCCCUAACAUCGAGGUGGACGUAGAUCCGGUGGACUGUGGACGGGCCUACGCUUACAUUCCCGAUUACGAGUGGCGCCGGUUGUACGUGUACGGUCUGACCGAAGGCCGGAUGUGGCGAUUCGAGCACAAUUACUUCUCAUUCGAACCACGGUAUGGGGAUUUCUCCGUUGCCCAGCAACAGUUCACCUGGUAUGAUGGGAUCUUCUCCGUGGCGGUCGGUGGUACUGGUGGUGGAGGUUUACCGGUGACCAACGAACGCACCGUGUACCUGCACGCGAUGGCAUCCGUGAGCGAAAUAGCCGUUUCGAACCGGGUGCUUCAGAAUGAGACGCUAGCUCGGCUUGGGAAUGGGGCGUACGGGCGUCACUUCCGGCAUCUUGGUGGCCGUGGUCCGAACACGCAAAGCUCGAGCCACGCGUACGACCCACGCACGGGUGUGCUGUUUUACGCGGAAAUUAACCGAAAUGCAGUCGGGUGCUGGAACACGCACAAACAGUUCACGCCUGAGAACCACGGCAUCGUGCAUCUGGACAACGUGGAGAUGAUUUAUCCGGCUGAUCUGAGGAUCGACAGUAGCGGUGACCUGUGGGUCAUUUCGAAUCGCCUCCCUAUCUGGAUCUACUCCAAGCUAAACCAAACCGAUGUGAACUACCGAAUUUGGCGCCAGUCCGCUGCUCGGGCCGUUGCCGGAACGAUCUGUGCAUAGGCAAGGUGCC